CAAGAGCUCGGGCAAAUAUAUUCGAGCUUAAAAUCUAGAUUCCAGGUGAAAGCUAAUUCAUAAAGCCUACCCUUCAAACGGCGACGGCAUGACUGUUAGGUAUCAAGGUCAGCGUAUAUAAAACGAUAUUACAUCUUAUAUCGUGUAUAUACAUUCUCUUUAACCUCCACUUGAUAUUAAUAAAUUCCUCACUUCAGCCAAAUUGGCGUGGAAAACAGGGCAUUUGUCUAGAAGCUGAAAAACAAAGUUUUCUGCGCAAUUUGUAAGAAGACCCGCUUGAGAGCUAAAAUAAAAUUCUAAAUUCAUAUGUUGACGAAUUCGUUCGAUCGCCCGCUGUGUCAAGUUUAUCAGCUGCUGCCGUUUCCAACGAUAGGCUUUUUGUUUAAAUCGGCGGAGAUUCGGUGCACCCUUUUAUAUGUUCUACUGGUAAUUUGAUCAGAUAGGUCCAUGAAUUGAUUGGGCAGACGAUAAAAUUUGUUUCAGUUAGACUCCACAUGCUAGUUAGUGGCUAUAGGAGGAAUCAGCUGUGGAAUAAAUGAUUGCCGGAUAAAUUUUGCAGUGAUUCCCUAAAUUUUUGGUAAAAUAGGAAUAAUCGUGUAAAAAAUGUGCUCCCAGCAGCCAUCCUUGCGAACAAAUUAAUGCGUUCAAUAGCCUGUACUGGUGUUUCAUAAUGCUAGGGUUUGAAAUUUGAAAGAUCCUUGUGGUGCUUUGGAGAAAAGUACUAUUUUGAGGAGAUUUUAGUCAAUUUUGUCAAAGUGAUUGUGUAUUGAAGAGGUUUAUGGAUAGGUAGUUCAAUUAGUACAUACCAUGGAAGGCACCGGAGAAGAGGAUGCAGCACUUAGUGAUUUUGAGGACGGGGACUUAGAGGCUGCACCAGUUGUAUUACAGCCGAAUUCUUCGGAUGACACUGCAGAGAGCCUUAAAAAAGCUCUUUUGGAGCUUGAGUCUGAAAGGGAAGCGAGAAAGGCUGCUGAAAAUGCAAAGUCAAACUUGGAGAGUACAUUUGGCAAAAUGAAAGGGCUUGCACACGAGGCUAUUAAGAAAAGGGAUGAAUUUUCAAGACAGAGAGAUGAUGCUCUCCGGCAAAAGGAAGAAGCUCUUAGAGAGAAAGAAAGCAUUGCCAAGCAAUUAGAAGAGGCUUUGAGAUUGAAAGAAGAGGCAUGUAAGCAAAGAGAUGAGGCUUUAAAACAGCGGAAUGAUCUUGCAAGACAGAAGGACGAGAUUCUCAGAUUGAAGGAUGAAGCAACGAAAGCACGGGAAUCCUCGAGGUCUGAAAUUGAGGCAACGGCUCAAUUGCUUAUAAAUGGAGCUGAAAAAAUCACUAGCAAGGUUGGCUCAAUUAAGAGCUUCAAUGGAGGGCUUCCAAGAACUUCAAAGCAUACAGGUCUAGUUGCUAUUGCAUAUGGAGCAAUGAAAAGGGCAGAUGAAAUUGUGGAAGAGCUUGUCAGACAGCAUGAAAUAAUUACAAAGGGAAGAAAUGAUGUGCGGGAGCAGAUGGAGCAGAGGAACAUUGCAAUUGCUAUCGAAGUGUCCCAGCUGGAGGCUACGAUUACAGGCCUUAAAGAAGAGCUUGGGAGCAAGUGUAUGGAGUCGGAGAAUUUGCAAAAGCUUGUCCUCAACAAAGAUGGUCGUAUUUCAGAAUUGGAAUCUGACAUAUCGGAAAAGCUUGAUCAGGAAAGGAAAGAGUAUAAAACUUUGAAGAGAUUUACAGAUGAAACAGAAGAUAAGUUGAAGAAUCUAGAACUGAAAAUAGAAAAGCAGAAACCUAUCAUCUCUGAUCAGUUGGUUUGCAUAUCUAAAGCUCAGGAAUGUCUAAAGAAUAUGGUUCAGAUGAUUGAUGCUUCAGCAUCUGACCAAUUUGAGUUUUCUGAACCAUUGUUUGUCUCACAAGAUCUGGAUAUUGACAAGGAUCUGGUGGCUUCAUCAGCAGGAGCAAUUUUUAUCUCAGAGCUAACCACAAUGGUGGAGAAAAAAUUAAUGGCACAUCUGGAAAAACAAAGUAAAGAAAUGAAAGAUUUGGAGGACAAUAUUGUCAAUUUAGAAGCAGAGAAAAGGGAUAUUAGUACUUUGCUUAGAAGUGCUCUGAGGGAGAGACAGAUAGCUGAAACAGAAGGUGAUGGUGAAUACCAAACAGGAUCAGAGCAAAGAAAGGGUACAAUUUUACAGGUUGCAGAAAGGGAUCUUGGAUUGGAUUUCAGUGGUGGUGCCCAUGUUGGGAAUAAUGGAACAGAGAAAGGGCAAGAUGAGUUUUUCGGCCUGGCCUCUGCAUUGGAACAUAUAAUUAGAACAUCACAGCUCGAAAUUGCAGAAUUGCGACACUCACUGGGAUCUUCAAGGGCAGAACUAAAUCAUCUAAGAGUGGUUUCCGAGACGCAAACUAAAGAUUUGGCUGCCAAAGUAUUGCGCAUAAAAGAACUUGAGGAAAAGGAGAGGGCGGCAUCUGAAAAUGUUGAAGGUCUUAUGAUGGAUAUUGCAGCAGCAGAGGAAGAAAUAGCCAGAUGGAGGAAUGCUGCUGAACAAGAAGCAGCAGCUGGAAAAGCUGUUAUGGAGGAGUUCCAAGAAGAGAUAAAAACGCUAAGGCAAGACCUUGAAGAGAUGAGGCAGUCAUUGGAUGAAGCAAAUAGCAAAUUGAAGUCCAAAGAAGAAAUGGCAGCAGCUGCUGUGGCUGCCAGAGAUACGGCAGAAAAAUCAUUGCAAUUAGCGGACGAGAGAGCAUCUAGACUAAGGGCAAGGAUUGAGGAACUGACAAGACAAUUAGAAGAGUCAGAUGGUGGAGAUGAGCAACAGAAUAUUAGAAGAAUGCGAUAUGCAUGUUGGCCUUUGCAAUGGCUGGGAACAGGUACACUUGGAGCUUAUUUUACAGCUUAUAGAGAUGCAAAUGGCAAUUCUGCUGAAAUGGAGCUUUCAGACCCUCUCCUUUAAAAAGGUUGAUUGCCUUCCAAAUUGACAAAAAAUUACGGCUUCUGUAUGAUUUGCUCAGAGGAAAAAAUCUGAAUGGAUGGGCUUUGCAAGGUGCAUUAACAAAGAGUUUCUUUGCUCUAGUUCCAAAUUGUACAUUUGAAGUCAUUGUUCAAUUUUAUUUGUUAAUAUUUUCGUGCAUAUGAAGUUUGUAGCCCCAAUUGUUGGUUUUCAAAGAGCUGCACUCAAUUGGUUGAUGGCUGGAAUUUCAUGAAGCCUGGGAAGAUCAGUUUGCCGCUGAUUUACAAAAGGCUGCAACAUGCUCUUUCUUGUGUAAAUUCAGAAACAACAUUUAAAAAAAAAUAAGAGCAGACAAUGUGUUA